AUGUGGACCAUUAGCGAUUUUCCUGCUUACGGUAUGUUGUCGUCUCAUGUCACUAAAGGGUAUAAGGCUUGUCCAGUGUACGGUGAUGGCAUAGAUUCUAGUUGGCAUGCUGGAAAGGUAUGUUACUUGGGAAGCCAUCGAUCGCUUGAUGAGGAUCACGAAUGGCGACAAGAUGCAGAAACUUUUGAUGGCUCACAAGAGUUUCUUCCGAAACCGCAGGAGUGGUCUGGUGAUCAAAUUUUAGAGUACUUGAAUGGUAUUGAUUUCAAACAAAAGAGCAGUGAUCCGAAAGUAGUGACCAACAACCCAAAACAACUAGAUGAGAGCGGGAACUGGACGGGGAAAAGUAUAUUCUUUGAACUACCUUAUUGGUCGAAAUUGAGAAUUAGGCACAACCUAGAUGUCAUGCACAUAGAAAAGAAUGUAUGUGACAGUGUGUUGAGAACAAUUCUCAAUAUUAAGGAAAAGAAUAAGGACACUAUCAAAGCGCGGUUGGAUCUUGAGCAAAAUAUAUCUCGAUGUGUAAAAGUGGCGGAGAAUAAGAUACUUGGAUUGAAGAGUCAUGAUUGUCAUGUAUUGCUGCAAUGUCUUCUACCGGUGGUUAUUCGACCCUAUUUGCAUUCUGAUGUGGUGGAGGUCUUAGUAGUUUUGUCGAGGUUCUUUCAGAAGUUAUGUACUAGAGAGCUUAAGAAGUCAUAUGUCCUUAGAAUGAAAGAAGAAAUUGUCUACAUUUUGUGCAAAAUAGAGAGGAUUUUCCCGCCCGCUUUCUUUGACAUCAUGAUUCACCUCAUGAUCCAUCUUCCAGAACAAGUGUUGCUCUCCGGUCCUAUUCAUGACACAUGGAUGUUCCCAAUUGAAAGGCAACUCGGGGGCUACAAGAAAUAUGUUAGAAAUAGAAGUAACCCAGAAGGGUCAAUUGCCGAGACAUACCUUGCACAUGAGUGUGUAACCUACUGCAACUCAUAUAUCUUCAAUAAGGACGACAUCGUAGCAAAUGAUGCAACAAAUGCACCUCAAUUUAAUCUCUCGGUUGUUUUAGAACUCGUGAAGCCGUUCAGAAACAUACCAUAUACAGAGAGAUUAACUGAUGCAGAGCUCAUUGAGGCUCAUUGGUAUGUUCUGCAAAACUGUGCAGAAGUCAAUGAGUACAGGGAGUAUCAUCUGGACCAUAUUACAGAUGCAUAUCCUAACAAGCAUGAAGAGACGCAUAAAAAAGAGUUUCCUAAUUAUUUCCUAGAAUGGAAGCUUAGACAAGCGCAAGGGUUGUUCUUUGGAAACAGUGUGUACUCGGUAAGAUUCGAUGAGGAAUUUUCUGAAAAGAAGUUCAAGUCUUCAAGCCCCUUUGGUAUCAAGUACAUGUUUCAUCUUGAGGGUGUUGUUGAUUGCCCUGAAUGGAUCGUCCCCUUUCACGUAUUCAAAUCAUUGGCAGAAGAGUACGAUCUGGAAUUAGUCUUUGUUAAAAACUUUCAUGAGUUCGUGCACCAGUAUUUGGAACUACCAAAGUAUGUGGAUUUGAUGCGUAAGAUUGGUGCGCUAGGUGAUCAGAGUACACUAUCACAAGAUGAAUGGGAAGUAGCACAUCUGUACUCUUCCUUUGUCUUGAGGAAGAGGGGCGCCCAACCAGCUUGA